AUGAGCGACGAGGAGGUAAAAAAAGUGCUUAAGGCUGAGUACUGGCUACUUUGCCUCUGCAAUGCAUUCAAAAAUGCAUUUGAUGGGCUUGCAUGUUCUUCUGGAGUAACCACCAUCCCCGAAUUCUAUUUCAACUUUGAAGCGUCUAUUUUUGGGAAGGUCAUACCCACUCCUGCAUCGGGCAGUUGCCCACUUCCACACAAAUACUUUCUUGCAACACCCCUUUUGCCUUGCAGACCUCAUGAUGCCACAGUACAGAAAUUUACUGGAAAUGGAACAAUUGGCACUGCCGACGAUCAUCUCACAAAAGCGAUUCAUGCCUUUGCCCACUUUUCCCUGGUGUAUUCAAGUCAUGACAUCCUUCUUUGCGACCUCCAAGGUGCACCUGAUAGAAAGGGGAGAAUGUGUCUCAUACACCCACAGUGCCAUACAUAUGUGCCACGCAGUCUAAUCUGA